UUUAGCGGCUCACACAGAGUGCAGUCUGGCUUGAACUCCUGGAAGCUUUUUCUCACUAUAGUAAACUUUGUUGAAUUGUCGAAAUGCAGAGCUGUGCGAGAUCCUGGGCGCUUAUCACCAGCAGGACGGUUAAUACCCGGCUGCACUACAAACCACAGUGUGUGAAGAACCUGUUUCAGAAAGCGCACGCCACUAACCAACUUUCGCACUUCUCCGCCAAUGUAAGCCAGUUGAGAACUUCAGCUGCUUCGGGCUCCAGGAUGAUCGAUAGGAUACUACCAAGACAUGAUGAUUUUUCUGAGAGACAUAUUGGACCUGGUGAUAAGGAGAAGAGAGAGAUGCUUAACACGCUCAGCCUUGGGUCCGUAUCAGAGCUCAUAGAAAGCACAAUUCCUGCAUCUAUUCGCCUGCAAAGAGGUCUGAAAAUGGAUGAUCCUGUGUGUGAGAAUCAGAUUCUUGAGACGCUCCAAAAGAUUGCUUCCAAGAACAAGAUAUGGAGGUCCUACAUUGGCAUGGGUUAUUAUAAUUGCUCUGUCCCUCCUGUCAUACAAAGAAAUCUUCUUGAAAAUUCUGGAUGGGUGACCCAGUACACCCCAUACCAGCCUGAGGUCUCGCAGGGUCGCCUGGAGAGCUUGCUUAAUUACCAGACCAUGGUGUGUGAUCUUACUGGCAUGGCAGUAGCCAAUGCUUCACUGCUGGAUGAAGGCACUGCAGCUGCUGAGGCCAUGCAGCUCUGUCACAGGCAGAACAAGAGAAGGAUUUUCUACAUCGAUCCUCGUUGUCAUCCACAAACUAUUGCGGUGGUCCAGACCAGAGCAAACUACAUCGGAGUUCAGACUGUGCUUAAAUUGCCACAUGAGAUGGACUUCAGUGGGAAGGAUGUGAGUGGGGUGCUGUUCCAAUACCCUGACACUGAAGGCAGAGUGGAGGACUUCUCUGAACUUGUGGACAGAGCCCACAAGGGUGGGGCUCUGGCUUGCUGUGCUACUGAUCUGUUGGCGCUUUGCAUCCUGCGUCCACCUGGCGAGUUUGGGGUGGACGUUGCUCUGGGUAGCGCCCAGCGCUUUGGAGUGCCUCUCUGUUAUGGCGGACCUCACGCUGCCUUCUUCUCGGUCAAAGAGAACUUGGUCAGGAUGAUGCCAGGAAGAAUGGUUGGAGUCACAAGAGAUGCCGCUGGUAAAGAUGUGUAUCGUCUUGCCCUGCAGACCAGAGAGCAGCACAUCCGCAGAGACAAAGCCACCAGCAACAUCUGCACAGCUCAGGCCCUGUUGGCGAACAUGGCUGCUAUGUAUGGACUAUACCAUGGCUCCCAGGGUUUGAGACACAUUGCUGAAAGGACUCACAAUGCAACGCUUGUUCUUGCUGAGGGGCUUGUUAGAGCUGGACACAAAGUGCAGCACAAAAGCUUUUUCGACACACUGAAGAUUCACUGUGGCGUGGCUGCUAAAGACAUACUAGAGAAGGCUGCGCAGCGUCAGGUCAAUCUACGGGUUUACAGUGAAGGAGUGCUUGGAGUGUCACUGGAUGAGACCGUUACAGAGAGAGACUUGGAUGACCUGCUCUGGAUCUUUGGAUGUGAAUCAUCUGCUGAGCUUAUUGCUGAGAAAAUGAGUGAAAGAACCAAAGGCCUGUUAGCAAGUCCUUUCAAGAGAACCAGCAAAUUCCUCACACACCCAGUAUUCAACAGUUAUCACUCCGAGACCAACAUAGUGCGCUAUAUGAAAAGGUUGGAGAAUAAAGACAUUUCACUUGUGCACAGCAUGAUUCCUUUGGGAUCCUGCACAAUGAAGCUGAACAGCUCCUCAGAACUCAUGCCAAUCACCUGGCAGGAAUUCGCUAACAUCCACCCAUUUGUGCCUUUGGACCAGGCAGAGGGUUAUCAGCAGCUUUUUAGACAGCUGGAGAAGGAUCUUUGUGAUAUAACCGGAUACGACAAAAUUUCCUUCCAACCAAAUAGUGGUGCCCAGGGAGAGUAUGCUGGGCUGGCUGCAAUCAAAGCCUAUUUGAACUCCAAAGGAGAAUCCCACAGAACUGUGUGCUUAAUUCCUAAGUCUGCUCAUGGAACCAACCCUGCCAGUGCUCAGAUGGCUGGCAUGAAAGUGCAGGUUGUGGAGGUGGACAAAGAUGGCAGCAUUGAUGUCGCUCACCUGAAAGCAAUGGUGGACAAACACAAAGACAACCUGGCUGCCAUAAUGAUCACAUAUCCCUCAACUAACGGGGUGUUUGAGGAGAAUGUAAGUGAGGUGUGCGAGCUCAUUCACCAGAAUGGAGGACAGGUGUAUCUGGACGGUGCUAACAUGAACGCACAGGUGGGAUUAUGUCGGCCUGGAGAUUACGGCGCAGACGUUUCUCACCUGAACCUUCACAAAACCUUCUGUAUUCCUCAUGGAGGCGGAGGCCCUGGUAUGGGUCCUAUCGGAGUAAAGCAGCAUCUUGCUCCGUUCCUGCCAAGCCACCCAGUGGUAAACAUCCAGUCUAGCAACACAAUAAGCUCACUGGGUACAAUCAGUGCUGCACCCUGGGGCUCAAGUGCCAUUCUGCCUAUUUCUUGGGCUUACAUAAAGAUGAUGGGCUCUAAUGGCUUAAGGCAUGCUACAGAAGUGGCCAUCCUUAAUGCAAAUUAUAUGGCAAAGAGACUGGAAAGCCAUUACAAGAUCCUGUUUAGGGGGUCCAAAGGAUUUGUUGCUCAUGAAUUUAUCCUGGACGUUCGACCAUUUAAAAAGUCUGCCAAUAUCGAGGCGGUGGACAUUGCUAAAAGACUACAGGAUUAUGGUUUCCAUGCACCUACCAUGUCUUGGCCUGUGGCUGGAACGCUGAUGAUUGAGCCCACUGAGUCAGAGGACAAGGCUGAGCUUGACCGUUUCUGUGACUCUCUAAUGGCCAUUAGACAGGAAAUUGCAGACAUCGAGUCAGGCAGAAUGGACUCUAGGGUUAACCCACUAAAGAUGGCACCUCAUUCUCUGGCAUGCAUUGCUUCAUCCACAUGGGACAGACCUUACUCUCGGGAGUACGCUGCCUUCCCUAUGCCAUUCGUCAGACCCGAGACCAAAUUCUGGCCCACAAUUUCGAGGAUUGAUGACAUCUAUGGCGACCAGCAUCUGGUGUGCACUUGUCCUCCAAUGGACAGUUAUGAAUCUCCUUAUGAAGAGUGUGCAUCCUCGUGACCAAGUUUCUACUCAACUUCCCAAGCAAAUCCAGCAAAUAAUUUGUUUUAUCUUGGUUUGAAUAGCUGUGCCUUGUUUCGCAAUUACUGUACAUCCCAUAAUAUCUAUAGUGCUACUAAAAACUUAGGCAACUUGAUUUAGCGACCUUUGUGUAUACGUUUGUUUUUAUAUUUGUGUGUGAAUCUUGAUGUAUGGAUUUCGGUUUGAUUGUAUGUAGGUGUAACUUACUGUUUCUGUGCUCGAUGUUCACAUUGAUUUUUAUACAUGUAAUCAUUUCAAAUUUUUUAAAGAAUUAAUAAAUGUCCCUGUGUAUAGAAAUGUAAUAAAUGUUUAUUAAUCUGUUUUAUUAAAACCUGUGGUCUUCAUUUCAUGCUGA